CAUCAUUCUCAUCCUCAUGACUCGCGACGUUUGUGCACCACCCUCUCCAGCACCUUUUCAGAUUACCAGAAAUUUGCGUCUCUGCGCGAGAGCGGCUAGGUACACUCCAGUCAGCCUGGCUAGGAGCACGCAAGAAAGGGGCUUCUAAGCCUCUGACCAGUCUCGACCCACACAACAGUGCCUAGGAUGGCCAAGCGGAGAAGAAAGUCACGCACGCAUGUCAAGGCUCCGACCAACUCGGCAGCUUCGGCGACAUCUGGGCCUAAAAGCUUCGUCAUCAGGGCGGGCAAGGUCGGUAGGAGCGCAUCGGCCCUGGUGACUGAUAUCAGACGAGUCCUGGAACCGAACACUGCUAGUCGAUUGAGAGAGCGCAGAAGCAACAAGUUGCGGGAUUUCGUCUCCAUGGCGGGACCUCUGGGCGUCUCCCAUCUCUUACUUCUAAGUCAACCGGAUAAGGGUACCUCUCGAGCAAACCUCAACCUUCGGGUUGCCCGAUCGCCCAAGGGACCCACAUGCACAUUCAGAGUCAACAAGUUUGCGUUGGCUAGGGAUGUUGCUAGCGCUCUCAAGAGACCUCACAGUCCGGGAGGUGAAUUUACGACGCCACCUCUGCUCGUCAUGAACAACUUUUCAUCCCAAGAACAACACAUUCAGCUGCUGGUCAGCAUGUUUCAGGGACUAUUUCCACCUAUCAACGUCCAACGCAUGGCUCUCUCCUCAGCCAGACGCAUUGUGUUGCUCUCCUACGACGAUGCCACCGGCACAAUCGAUUGGCGUCAUUACCUGAUCACGGUGCGACCGGUCGGCGUCAGCAAAAAGGUGCGGAGGGUCAUUGAGGGUACAUCGUCCAAGUCGACAGGUGGGAUAAAGGGAGGCAAGAUCCCCGACCUGAGCAAUGCCCAAGACAUAAGCUCUUACUUGCUCGGAAGAGGGGAGCGCGCAGGCUCUAGUGGAGCUAGCUCCGGCUUCGAGACGGACGCCUCGUCGGCUGCAGGGUCAGACAGCGAAGCAGAGGAUUCGGAGGUGGAAGAGGGCGCAAUGGCGUCCAAUCAUGUCGAGCUGCCCGCCAGGUAUGUUGGUAGAGGAAAUCUCGAAGGGCAGAAAAGAGCAGUCAGGCUCAAGGAAUUGGGACCUCGGAUCGAGCUGAAAUGCAUCAAGAUUCAGGAGGGCAUCCCUGGUGCCGAGAGGAAAGGCGCCCCCCAAGGAAAUGUGCUGUGGCACGACUAUGUCAAGAAAAGCGCUCAAGAAAAGCGUGCGGCUGCUAAAAGCAAUGCAGAGAAGCAGUCGCUUCGAGCGGCUCGACGGGCAGAGCAGGAAGCAAAUGUGGAGCGCAAAAAGAAAGAGAAGGAAGGAAGGAGUCUGUCUGGGCGCAGAGGUGCUCGGGGUGCUGAAGACGGCGAGGACGAAUCAGAUGAGAAGGCAGACGGUGCUAGUGGGUCGAACAGCGAGCAAGAAGAGCACGAUGACGAAUUCGCGUACGAGGACGCACAUGCUCCUGCAGAUCAAGAUUUGUUCGAUGAGGAGGAGGAUUUUGAUGUGGAUGAGGAUGACCAGGUAGACGAAGAGGAGCAAUUGGAGCUGGAUGGAGAUGACGAUGAGGAGGAUGACAGUGAUUUGUCACCGAUCGAGAUCACCGGAGAUUACAGCGAUGAGAGCGAUGAAGUGGAGGAGGAGGAGGAGGAGGAGCGACGCCCAAGCGCUCCGUUCAAGGCGCGAGUCAGCAAAGCGUCGAAGGCCAAGAGGCCCCGCACAUAAUGUCAGACGAUUCAUCAUCGGACGCGCCGAAAUACCACUACUGCCGUGCGAUUUGGCCAUCACUCAACACGUAUGUGUUUCGGGCCCGCCUGCAUGCGCCCAUCAACGCAUCUUUGAGCUUCGCAAGGC